AUGAAUAACUUUGAGACAUUAAUAAAAUAUUUGGAUUAAUAAAUAUAAAGAGUCAAAAGCAACCUUGACAAUAUCAUCGAUAUAAUAUCAGAGGCUGGUUUAAAGAUUGAUGGAUUCAAAUUGUAAUUGAAACAAACAGAUAAGAUAAAAGAAUUUUGGUAAAUGUAUGUAAAACUGAAUGAUUGGAUUGACUAAGGGACAAAAAUUAUUUAAGAAAUGUUUGAAUUUAAUAUAAUAAAAGAGUAGCGAUAAUAGAUAUUUGAUUUGUCUUCUCAUAAAUCCAAUUACUUUGAAGAUAAAGAAAAAUUGAUGACAGAAUUCAUCAAGAGUUUAGAGUUUUUAUCAGGAGGUUAAAUACUUGAUAUCAAUUAUGUAAAUCCUCCAGAAAGUUAUGCUGCCUUUAAAAAAGAAUAUGGAACACAAAAAAUAGAUUUGGAAAAAUAAUUCAGCAACAUUAUAGGUUAUUAAAGAGUAAGAGGAGAUGGAAAUUGCUUUUAUACAUCCUUUCUAUAUUAAUACUUAAAUUUAUUACUAUCAAACUCUUAAAAUAGAAAAAUAGAAAUAAAUAAAUUUAUUAACAAGGUUGAUUAACUAGAAUUAACACUAUUCUUAAAUGACUAGUCCUUAAUAAAAAUGAAGAUUGAAAUUGAAAUAAAAAAAUACUUUAACUAAAUUUUAAAACAAUUGUAAUAAAACCCUUCUUAUUUACUAGAAUAUUUUUCAAAAAAUAACAAAUAAUUUUAUGUUUGUUCAAUAAUAAUUUUUAGAAAUAUUGUUAGAUAAAUAUACAAUUAGAAAAAAAGCUAGAUAUAAAAUUUUCUUGACACAGAUUUAGAAGAGGAAUUAGUGACUUGGCAAAAAGAAUGUAAUUCUAAUCAAGCUAUAAUUUAACUUCUUAGUUAAGAAUUAGACCUGUAUCUUUUUGUUUUAAAUAAUUUAGUUAGGUUAAUUUAUACUUUUUCAGAAGAGAUGGAGUUGAUCUUGAAAAAUAUAAUUAAAAUCAGAAUUUACCAUAAAUUAAUCUACUCUUUCGACCAGGACAUUAUUAGAUUGCAUUAUGCUAGAAUUCCUAUUAAGAAAGCAAUCAAAAAUAAUUUGAAAAAUAUUAUUGA